GCUGAGCACUCACCGCGUCAUUUCCCUCUCACUAACAGGUCAUCGGUGUGCCUGUUCUGCAGUUGUAGCUCCUUAACGAGAUAGGGCAGUGGUUAUCUUACCUCACUAACCUAGCAAACCGUAUGAUGUAUCAAGCUGGGUUGAAGCUUUGUCCUCCAUCUCAUCGAUCCUGGCGUCUCAACAAUCUUGCACUCAGCCUUCGAAACAGAUUCCUGCAAGGGGGCAUCGUGUCAGACCUUGAUGGGGCCAUUGUGCACCAUCGGGCUGCGCUGGAGCUUCUCCCUCCGUGUCAUUCUAAUCGUUCCAUGUUUUUCAACAAUCUUGCACUCAGCCUUCGAGACAGAUUCCUGCAGCGUGGAAUUAUGUCUGACCUUGAUGAGGCCAUUGAGCUCCAUCGGGCUGCAUUACUCCGCCGUCCCCCCGGUCAUUCAGAUCGGUCCUCGUCUCUGAACAAUCUUGCUGCCAGCCUUCACGACAGAUUCCUGCAGCGUGGAAUCAUGUCUGACCUUGAUGAGGCCAUCGAGCUCCAUCGAGCUGCAUUACUCCUCCGUUCACCCGGUCAUUUAGAUCGAUCCUCAUCUCUGAAUAAUCUUGCCGCCAGCCUUCAAGACAGAUUCCUGCAACGUGGAACCAUGUCUGACCUUGAUGAGGCCAUCGAGCUCCAUCGAGCUGCAUUACUCCUCCGUUCCCCCGGUCAUUCAGAUCGAUCCUUGUCUCUGAACAAUCUUGCACUCAGCCUUCGAGACAGAUUCCUGCAGUGUGGAAACAUGUCUGACAUUGAUGAGGCCGUUGAGCUCCAUCGGGCCGCGCUGGAGCUCCUCCCCCUGUGUCAUUCUAAUCGAUCCAUGUUUCUCAACAAUCUUGCUGCUAGCCUUCAAAACAGAUUCCAGCGGCGGGGCAUCAUGUCUGACAUCGAUGAGGCCAUUGAGCUCCAUUGGGCUGUGCUGGAGCUCCUCCCCCUGUGCCAUUCUAAUCGAUCCAUGUUUCUCAACAAUCUUGCUGCAAGCCUUCAUGAUAGAUUCCUGCAGCGUGGAAUCAUGUCUGAGCUUGAUGAGGCCAUUAAGAUCCACCGGGCUGCGCUGGAGCUCCUCCCUUCGUGUCAUUCUAAUCGAUCCAUGUUUCUCAACAAUCUUGCUGCCAGCCUUCGCGAUAGAUUCCAGCAGCAGGGAAUCAUGUCUGAUCUUGACGAGGUCAUUGAGCUCCAUCGGGCUGCGUUACUCCUCCGUCCCUCCGGUCAUUCAGAUCGACCCUCGUCUCUGAACAAUCUUGCUACCAGUCUUCAAGACAGGUUCCAGCAGUAUGGCAUCAUGUCUGACCUUGAUGAGGCCAUCGAGCUCCAUCGGACUGCGCUGGAGCUCCUCCCCUCGUGUCAUUCUAAUCGAUCCCUGUUUCUCAACAGUCUUGCUGCCAGCCUUCACGACAGAUUCCAGCAGCAGGGAAUCAUGUCUGAUCUCGAUGAAGUCAUCAACCUCCAUCGGGCUGCAUUACUUCUCCGUCCCCCCGGUCAUUCUGAACGAUCAAUGUCUCUCAGCAAUCUUGCUGUCGGCCUUCGAGACAGAUUCCGGCAGCGUGGAAUCAUGUCUGACCUUGAUGAGGCCAUCGAGCUCCAUCGGGCUGCGCUGGAACUCCUCCCCCUAUGUCAUUCUAACCGAUCCGUGUUUCUCGACAAUCUUGCGCUCAGCCUUCGAGACAGAUUCCGGCGGCGGGGCGUCCAGCCUGACCUUGAUGAAGUAUUUAGCUUGUGUUCUCAACUCCCCCACCUAUCACAUGCAGCAUCUCGCACAGAUCUUAGUGUUGCCAAGUCAUGGGCAGCCUCCGCCCACAGCCUCAAUCACGACUCUACAUUGCUUGCCUAUAAGACUGCACUGAAAUUCCUAGAUCAGCAAGUUGCGCUCUUAUCAACUUCUUCGCGUCAUCUCGACGUCAUCAAGGAGGCUGUUUCCUCCCUUGCCACAGAUGCUUUUUCAUGCAGUGUUCGUCAUAAUGCCCUGACGACUGCUGUGGAGCUAGUGGAACAAGGUCGUGCAGUAUUCUGGACCCAGUUAGCACACCUCAGCACACCACUCAAUGAACUUUCUGCUUCAGGUGACACUGGCACGGCCUUGACGGAAGAGUUCAAACAGUUGAGCUUUCGCCUUCGUAACACGUUCGAUCAGUCUACUGAAGACCCGUCUCCGCAAACCCGGCAAUUGACCAUGCAAUGGGAUGACGUCGUCACGCGCAUUCGCAUGCUUCGUGGCUUUUCGCGUUUUCUUCUGCCUCCCCUGUUCUCCGACCUCCAAAAAGCGGCAGAAGAGGGUCCGGUCAUUAUUCUUAAUGCAAGCCAGUAUAGCUGUGACGCCUUGAUUAUCUAUAGCACGGGAGAUCCUAUCCAUGCUCCGCUUGUCAUUACACAAGCCGCAGUAUCCGAGUUAUCUUCCGAGUUCCAGUUACUUGCAGAGCAGUUUGGUUCUGCUGAUUAUCGAGACGAACUCAUCAGCAUCUUCCGCAAACUUUGGGCUGUUGUUGUUGGCCCUGUGGUCCAAGUUCUUAGGGAGACUAAAGUUAACCCUGGCUCGCGCAUCUGGUGGUGUCCCACUGCUGAGUUCACGCUGCUUCCCCUCCAUGCAGCAGGACCCUACAAAAAGAAGAGAGAGAAUUUGUCUGAUAUUUACAUCUCCUCUUACACCCCCACUUUGGCGACGCUCAUUCGUGCCAGACAGCGGGCUUCUCGUGAUGUGUCCCCGCAACAUUUUGUUGCCAUUGGUCAAGGAAACCCGGACAGAGGGAGGGAGCUCAAAUGUGUCACUCCAGAGCUAGCCGUCGUAGCUGAGUGUCUCAAACCCGUUGUGUCGUCCUUCACAUCGCUCGAGGACAGCGACGCAACAGUGCAGGGUGCACUCGAUGCACUAAAUCAUAAUCAAUGGCUUCAUCUCGCCUGCCAUGGAAUGCCAAAUCAGACACAACCGUUCGAAUCUUCCUUCGCCAUGUGCGACGGGCCAUUGAUGAUCAAGGACAUCAUCCGACCGGACUGGCAGAAUCUGGAGUUUGCGUUCUUAUCAACUUGCCACACUGCUGUGGGCGAUGGGAGCAGUCCUCAUGAGUCGAUCCAUCUUGCUGCGGCCAUGCAAUUCUCCGGAUUUCGCAGUGUGAUAGGUUCCAUGUGGUCUGUUGAUGACGAUGUUGCGUGCCAGGUUGCGUCUGCUUUUUAUGGUCACCUGGUUGAUAGUUCGGGGAGAUUGGACUGCACACGGGCUGCGGUAGCGUUGCACACGACCAUGAAAUCGUUGCGCAAGAAGAUUCCAUUAGAACAGCAAAUUGUAUUUGUUCAUAUAGGUGUCUAGUUAGACUCGAUUCGCCACAUUUCUAGUUGUUUUCAUUCCCUCGCUCUUCUGUUGGUUAGUUGUUUAAUGACAUUUCCGCAUGAUCCUUUGUUGUUCUGUUCUGUAGUAGUACUGCACACCGUUCCGUUGGAUGAAUCUGAUUUACUCCUACAUCAUCACAGUUCUACGGCUGUAGCGGAUGAUUCAGUGUAGAAGUGUUGCCCGUGAACUACCCUUGCUGUCCCCAUGGCGUAUGUAUCUGCUCAUGUCCUGUACUGAUUAUGACUCAGACACCAUCACGCUGUACGAUACCGAUUCCUCUGAUGAAAGAUCUGACUUUUAAAGAAGACCCGACAAGAAAACGAGCGAAAUCGACUAUAAUCAUAUACAUAGCUUGAGCGUGUAGAGCACUGAACAAAGUCGUAAGUGAAAGAAUA